AUGUUUAUACUAACAAGUUACAGCAUCUCCGCUUUGUUCAAACGGGGAACUACCUUUCCUUGGAAUAACUAUCUUUCACAAUGCUGCGAGUCAAUAGCUGAGUCUCCUUUAGACUCGGAUAUGUUUCUGGUGGCACUGGUCAGGAUGCAGCGCGUUGCGGAUCGUGCCUAUAGCAUGCUGCCUGGAUUUGAUGUGGUUGAUACUGGAUCCAGUGCCUACUUGUCGCCUUUGGACAUGGUCAUCAACAACGUUCGCCGAGAGCUUUACGAAUUCUUCUGCAUGCAACCUGAAAGUGUUAAGAAUAGACACUUAUUCAAGGCGUAUUAUCAUGUUACUCUAAUGCGCCUCGCCGAACCAGCCAUCCCCACGCAAUCUCCUGUUACUGUUGAAAUGGGCUCUGUGCAUCCAGAGCCAUUACAACGCUUUGAUACCAUUUGGAAAUGCCUGCUCGCCGGUGUCGACUUCUUCGAUGCCCUUUUCGCAAUUCACCCCAACGAGUUACCCGGUCUGCCUGCCUCAGUUACAGGACUACUAGCCUUUGCUAUUGUAACCAGCUCUCGCCUGCUCCUCUUGGAUCCAUCUAUAGACUGGCAACCCAUAAUGGCGCGCAGAAAGCUCGAUUUUGCGGACGUGACGAAGCGUCUCAGCGAGCGGUUUGAAGAAGCAGACACCUGGGCCAAAGAAGCUGGGCGCAGGCGACGCCUAUUAGACGGAGGCGAUGCCCAGUUUUGCAGGCUGAGUUUCAAGCUUCGGUGGAUACGACAGUGGUAUCUAUCGCGAAUACCCUUGGAGCAGCAGCCGUCAAUGUCUGAGGUGCAACAACAGCCUGCGGGCGAUUUGCUCCAGGAUUCGGAUGCUGUGUUUUGGCAGGAGUAUGAGUUUGAGGAUGCGCUUUGGCCGGAAUUUAUGACGACUUUUAAUACAAAUUUCGCGGCAGUACCUAUGACCGAGACUUAA